UUGAGUAUAAGGUUUUGUGUAUGCUAGACAAACACUACAGCCCUCUUUUUAAGUAUUUUAUGGUCUUGAGCUCACUGAAUUCACUGAAUAUCCCAGGCAGUGUAUUAGCUCAUGAUGAUCCUGCCUAAGUCUCUGGAGUAGCUAGUUUAGGAGAGCUACCUCUGCCUCCAAGACUGAAGAUCAGAAACAUCAUGUAACUAUAAACUUCAGGGUGCAAUACGCAGAACACAGUUCAGAGGACCCACAUUAGUGACAUGAUUAUUCUUUUUGAUACCCAUGUUUUUCAUUGUUAAAGAUCACUAUGGUUAUGACUGGCCUGCGAUGUGAGGUCUGACAGGCACGGGAUUCGAAGCAAACUCAGCAAAAGGGCUGUCACCCUCACAUUCUCCUGAAACAUUUCCAAAUCCGUCCAUGAGAAAGAGGAGGAGAAGAGUGCACGUCUGUGGUUUGCCUCCCAGUCCCCACAAGAUCUCUGGAAGCAUGAGCAUUCAAAGUACUUCUGUGUUGAGGUCAUACCAGAUCCCCAGGACACGCUGCAAAGGCAAUACAUGCGCUUUGGAUCUUAGGAAGAUACGAAGAACCAUCGAGAUCCUCUACCCUAGAUUCCCGCAGUAGAGGUGUGCAUUUUACCCUGUGUUCUACUGAACUUGAACAAAUACCCACUCCACUCUACAGGCUGGUCAGGUGUUGGAGAAUAAGGCUUUGCAGGCUCCAAGGUUAUAACCCACUGCUCCAGUUCUUGAUCUCGGCAAAUGGAGCAUGCAAUUGUGCUUUCUUUAUUGAUCCACAUCACUGACCAAGAACAGAACCUAUUACUUUCAAAUAUAAAUGCUUUCUUGUUCCCUCAAAGAAAUCCUGACCCUGUGUUCUGAAGAAUCUUCCCUCAAACACGGCCUGAACAGAGAGAUGUUUUCUUUUGUGUGUGCUUUGUUCUUCAGUGUAGUCCUACUGCCGUCAGGGUCCUGGGCAGGACUUGAGUAUUCCCAGUCAUUUCCAGGAGGUGAAUUUGCGGUGUGCGAGACCUGCAGGCUCGGCCGGGGGAAAUGCAGGACGGUGUGCUUGGAGAAUGAGAAGAUUGCAGGAAGGUGCAAGCUGAACUUCUUCUGCUGUCGGGAGAGGACCUGAACACACCAGCCAUCGCACUUCGGACCGUCUACUCGUACUGAAUGAAUGUCCAAAGCCAGAAGUUCUGUGGCUUCACGGGGCCCCAGUGAAUGCGGUUCAGUGUCCCUCCAACCUCACUUUUGUUUCUGCGCUUUCUUUUCAUUUUAAGAUGAUAAAAAUUAAAACAGCAAC